UUAUCAAUAAUAGUCACCUUCAUGGUCGGAAUUAUGUCAAUUUUUUUAAACUAUGUCUUUGUCUUUGUGAAGAAAAAAGGCAAAAACUUUCUUGAAAAAGCAAAAGUGGUUUUAUUCAUAUGCAUCGUAACCAGCUUGUCCACCAUGCACAUCACAACAGCAAGUACCUCGAUCAGGAGAGUAAAGGCUAUUCAUCAGAUUAUUGGUAUCCUCGAGGAAGUACACGCAGUUUUAAACAUCCCCUUAGGAAUGGAUUUCGGUCUCUCGGAUCUUUUAUCCUGUUCUUUAAACUUAUUAGUCAUUUUUUGUCAUUGCUAUAAUCAUCUAGAGUUCAUCUAUUCAUUUCUAAGCUUUAUUGUCGUAACCAACGUUUGGUUGGCAAUGUCACAGUUUUCUGUUCUGGCCUCUCUCAUAAACAAUAGAUUAGAAGGAGCUUGCGAGUUUUUGGACGAACUCAAGUUGAGAUCCGAUUCGCCUUACAAAGAUCAGAAGGUCGCCAUACUCUCCGAUGUCCACAACAAGCUCUGCGACGCCGGCGAGAUCCUCCAUACUGCCUUCACUGGGCUGCUCACUUUAUUGGUAGCUUCCAGCUUUGUCGGAAUCAUUUUACCCACCUUCUGUCUGUAUGACGCCCAAAAACUGAUAUUCUGCCUUUGGGUCGGGUUACAAGCAGUCUUUUUACAUUACCUAUUCAUUUUCGUCAAGCGGAGAGGGGGAAAAUAUGUUGAAAAAGCGGAACUAGUUUUACUCGUAUGCUUUACAACUGGCUUGUCCAUCGUGCACAUCACAACAGCGGGUACUUCCGUUUGGAGAGUCCGGGCUGUUCGUCAGAUCAUCGGUAUCCUGGAAGAAGUAGACGCCAUUCUAAGCAUCCGCUUGAAGAUGGAUUUCGGUCUAUCGGAUCUCACGGCCAUUUCUUUAAAUUUCUUUAUCUUUGUUUGGCUAUCCAGGCGGACUAAACGUAUUAUAUAUGCAAUGUUUAGUUUUAUUGUCGUAACAACCGUUUGGUUGGCGAUGUCACAGUUUUCGGUUUUUGCCUCUCUCAUAAACAGGAGGUUAGAAGGAGCUUGCGAAUCCUUAGACGAACUCAAGAUGAGAUCCGAUUCGCCUUACAAAGAUCAGAAGGUCGCCAUACUCUUCGAUGUACACAACAAGCUCUGCGACGCCGGCGAGAUCCUGCACACUGCCUUCUCUUGCAUAAUGACUAUAAUGAUUGCUAUGUGCUUUGUAGGAAUCAUUGUACCCACCUUCUACCUUUAUACAGUCCAAAAACGGAACGGAUACUUUGACAUUCAUCUUCUGCUGUUACGUGAUGAGACAGUAUUGUGGAUUGCUUUCUUUUUUACUAUCACUUGGAAGCUUGCUGUUUCUUCAUCAGAACUUACCCAAAAGGUUAUCAAAUUAUCUUAA